GCGGAAGGAGGAGGGCAGGGACUGUAUAGACCGGCAAUGCUCGGAGGGAGACAAGCUCGAGUCAAAGAAUCUGUCGGAAAGUGCUAUGAUGAAGGGACUUGUCCGGAUGAGGUGGAUCUAGGAGAGGUGGUGGAAGAUGGGGAAGGGAAGAGGUUUGUGGUCUAUGAGGCGGUGGAUGGCAUUAAAGAACAGUGGCUAAAAGAGCGCACUGUCAUUAUAAUUUUUCAGGAUGAAGCAAGAGGUCUGUCCAGGCAGGUGAAGUUGGAUCUGGUUCGAGCCUACGAAGAUGGGUGGUUUGCUCGCAAGCUGUUCAAUCUGGAUAUAAAAAGGGGUCGGGUGCGUUUUGAAGGACCCAAUGUUAUAUUGUAUGUGGCAAAGGCAGGCGAGGUGGCAACAUGGCUAAUUGAGCAAGGGGAAGCCAUCUUAGAACUGCAAGACAAAGAGUACCGUGCGACCUUCAAACCUUGGAUGACUCGACAAGACUUGAAAAAGCUGCGUCUACAAGAGGCAGAAAGGAAUUUUUGGAUAGUGGCGUUAAGAGUACAACUUGAUGCGUAUUACUAUCUGAGAAGCGCAGUCACCAAGAUGUCCGGCGAAGUCCUAAAUAUGCAUCCUCCUAAAUUCGACUCUACACGGCCAAAGCUAAUGAACGUGAAACUGGACAUGUCCCCAGAUGCCCGCUUCCGAGUGGACGACGAGUUGGUGAUUGAAUCGUCGAAAGGGGAACGGUGGAAAGUGGAGGUAGCAACACCAUACACAGACUGGUGUCGCCGCUAUUACUUUUUGCAGAGUGGGGUUCCUUAUCUCGUGCAAGUUCUUCACGAGGCAGUUCAAGAAACAGCUCGAGACAGAUGUCCACAUCCAGAACAGUUGCUGACACAGCUCAUCAACAUAACAGUCAAGAGGAGUCCACCCGCAUCCAACUGCAAGCGGCCACCAACCAGCCUCAUGAAUAGACUCAAUAUUGCUACUUGGAACUUAAGAGGGCUAGGGGACACGACAGGCAGAGAAAAGAAAAGAAGGGUGAAGAGUUGGGUUCAUGAGUGGAAGGUGAAUUGCCUGCUGAUUCAGGAGUCGAAGCUGAAUGAGGCGAAGCUAGCGGAAUUGGGGAACUGGUGGGAAGGGUCACAGGUGUGGGCCCCGACACAAGGCACAAGAGGGGGAGUUGGUAUCCUUCUUCACCAGGAUUUGCAGGCAAGAGUUCUGGAGUCAGAAGCUGACUUAUGGGAAAGAUGGGCAUGGUUCAGGGUGGAAGUGGGCAAUGAGGAGUGGUCUAUCAUGACAGUUUAUGCACCUACAGACAAGAGAGAAAGAGUAAGCUUCUUUGCGAAUCUGAUGCUUCACAUUCCAAAAGUAGAGAGACUGAUAAUCACAGGCGACUGGAAUCUGACUCUAGACGAAGUCCUACAACCUAACGCAAGAUCAGCCAACUGAAGGGGUGUCCAAACCCUCCUGGAACUGGCGACCGAGUUGGAACUGUCGGACCCAUUCAGAUUGAUGUCACCGGAAGA